UCGAAACACAAACCAGCAGCAGGCAGAGCAACGACUAGCUGCCAGGCAAGCCGGCCGGGGGUGCUGCAAGAGUGCAACAAACAAUGGCCACCGCGCUCUCCUUCAAGGCCUUGGCACUGGCCGCGCUCCUCUCCAUGGUCGUCGCCUCUGGCGCUCGCGCCGAGCAACAGUUCAAGCGCAACGCCACCACCGCCUCGCAGGACAGAUCCUUGUUGUCCUACAGCAGUGGCUGGCUGCCGGCCAAGGCCACCUGGUACGGCGCCCCCACCGGCGCCGGCCCCCUCGACAACGGUGGUGCGUGCGGGUUCAAGGGCACCAACCAGUACCCGUUCUCGUCCAUGACGUCCUGUGGCAACGAGCCCAUCUUCAAGGACGGCAAGGGUUGCGGCUCAUGCUACCAGAUACGGUGCCUGAAGAGCAACCACCCGGCCUGCUCCGGCGUGGCUCAGACGGUGAUCAUCACGGACAUGAACUACUACCCGGUGGCCAAGUACCACUUCGACCUGAGCGGCACGGCGUUCGGGUCCAUGGCCAGCUGGGGCCUGAACGACAAGCUCCGGCACGCCGGGAUCAUCGACAUGCAGUUCAGGCGGGUGCCGUGCAACUUCCCGGGCCUGACCAUCACCUUCCGCGUCCAGCACGGCUCCAACCCCAUGUACCUGGCCGUGCUCAUCGAGCACGAGAACAAGGACGGCGACGUGGUGCAGGCGGACAUCAUGCAGAGCAACUCCGGCCACUGGGAGCCCAUGCACGAGUCCUGGGGCUCCAUCUGGAGGAUCGACCCCAACCGCCCGCUCCGUGGCCCCUUCUCCAUGCGCAUCACCAACGAGUCCGGCAGGCAGCUGGUGGCCAAGAACGUCAUCCCGGCCAACUACAUCCCCGACGUCGACUACCGCUCCUUCGUCCAGUACUAAUGAUCGAGCUAGCUUGGUCAUUGCUUAAGCGUUUAAUUGUUUCUUCUUUAUUUAAUUAGUGGCUGCCGUUGCCGACAUGCAUGUGGGGGAAAUUGGAGGAGGCAAGCAUCAAUGCAAUGUGUGCUCUCCCGCCCACUGUCACUAUACCGUUAUUAAUUACCAGUGUGUAACCAGCAAAUCAUACUACAUAUAUGGUUAUAUAAUUUCAUACUA